CAGCAGCGACAACUAUUCAGCCCCGCUCCCAUCAUCCUUCAUGGCGAUGCUGAAGACAGCAGUGACCUUUCUGCUCCACCUGGUCUCCUCUCUGGCGGCCCCGUUGCCGUGUGAGGAGAGGGUGGUCCGUCUGGAGGCCGAGAUCCAAGGCCUGAUGAACGUGAUCAACGACCAGCACCGCUACAUCCUGGAGCUCCACACCAGCCAGUCGGAGCAGCUGCAGCACAUCCCCAACACACACCUGGGGCCCAAGAACCUGUACAGAGACUGCUCCGAGGUGUUCGAGGACGGCAACGUGGCGAGCGGGCUGUACGUGAUCCGCCCCGACGGCUCCCCGACGGCGCUCAGCGUCUUCUGCGACAUGAAAAACGGAGGAGGCUGGACCGUGUUCCAGAGGAGGAAGGACGGGAAGGAGAGCUUCGACAGGGCCUGGGUGGAGUACAAGCACGGCUUCGGAGACCUCUACUCCCCUGAAGGAGAGUUCUGGCUGGGGAACGAGCCUCUGCACCACAUCACCUCACAAGGGAAGUACGACCUGCGCAUCGACCUGGAGGACCUGAAGGGAAACCAGCGAAUCGCCGAGUACAAGAACUUCAGGGUGGACAACGAGCAGGACCAGUACCAGCUGCACGUGGGCGAGUACACCGGGGACACCAGGGACAUCCGGAACGACGGCGACGUGCUGGGCGACGGCCGCGGCAGCGCCAACAGUCCGUGCGCGGGCGGCAUCAAGUUCAGCACCUACGACCAUCCCAACGUCAUCAACGGAGACCCGGACAAAGCGCGCUGCAUCGGACACAGCAAGUCCGGCUGGUGGUUCUGCAGGUGCGACUCGGGGAAGCUGAACGGCCGCUACUACAAGGGGCCGUUCGAGGCGAUGACCGACGACGGGGUCACGUGGUACCUGUGGCACGGCUGGUCGUACGCCAUCAAGUCCGUGGUGAUGAUGCUGCGCGCGUCCGACCUCAAGAACCCGCCGCCCAUCAUCUCGCGGUGGCCGGGCCAGUUCGGCAUGGGCAUGGCUCCGGACGGCACCAUCCACCCGCUUUCCGGCCAGUAGAGC